AUGGCAUUCGAUCUUGUGCUAUGGAGGGAGAGACCUGAAAUGUUCCCUGCGCUUCGUGGUGGUCACGAUUUCUAUCAAAACUCUGCUUGUAUCAACACAUUCUUUGAUGACUUCCCAACAGCAAAGGCUGCUGCUCGUGGCUUACGGCGUUUUCUGUCAAAGAGAUUCCAACCGAAAGGCAUACUGCUUGAUGCAAUUACUUGGAGGGUGGCAAGCGCUGCGCGUUAUGAGUUGGAACGAGCAGGCACACCUUCGAGGCAUGGAGCGUACAAUUUGUUCUUCUCCGUUCUGGGGGAACUGGUGGAUUGGGAGGGUUCAUGCUUCGGUGACGACUUGGUCCAUGAUUUGUCGUUGAUGCCCGCGCGGGAAAGGCAGAAGUACAUACCUGGGUUAACCAACAUGCGCACCCUUGAAUUAGACAUCUUCAUAUACGAGAUAUUGACCGCUUGUUUUUACCACAUAAUCCUUCAGCAAUACGAAGACGAUUUAGUCUUUCUUGAUGAUGAAGCACUUAUCACCGGAAGCUGUGAAGCGCUGGAUCGGCUGAAGGAAUUCUAUAAGGAGGCGUUCUCCGCAUAG